CCGACAUUCAGCGCAGGCUGCCGGGCCCGGGGCGGCCGCGGUGGGAAGCCGAGGCGCGCGGGAGCCGCGGAGGGACCGCCCGCAGCCCGGAGGCGAGGACCCGGGCUGGGUUUUCCUUACCCCGGUCCCUUCUUAUCUCAUAAUUUCAAUGUCCUGAAAUCUGAGGAUUCCACCAAGAUAAUAUGAUAGGAACUUUCAGUGAUUUGGAGCCAUAUCCUCCUUAGACUAAUGCGGGCCUUCCAGGUUUCCUAAGAGCUUGUACAGCAGCGCACACUGCUUGUUAAUCGGCAGAGGCAAGAAUGCCAUCUUUGCCUCAAGAAAGAGUUAUUCAGGGACCCUCUCCCCUGGAUCUGAAUACAGAAUUGCCUUAUCAAAGCACGAUGAAAAGGAAAGUCAGAAAGAAGAAAAAGAAGGGAACCAUUACAGCAAAUGUUGCUGGGACAAAGUUUGAAAUUGUUCGUUUAGUAAUAGAUGAAAUGGGAUUUAUGAAAACGCCAGAUGAGGAUGAAACAAGUAACCUUAUAUGGUGUGAUUCAGCUGUUCAGCAGGAGAAGAUUGCAGAGCUGCAAAAUUACCAGAGGAUCAACCAUUUUCCAGGAAUGGGGGAGAUCUGUAGGAAGGAUUUCCUAGCGAGAAAUAUGACCAAAAUGAUCAAGUCCCGGCCUCUGGAUUAUACCUUUGUUCCUCGAACAUGGAUCUUCCCUGCUGAAUAUACACAAUUUCAGAAUUAUAUGAAAGAAUUAAAGAAAAAAAGAAAGCAGAAGACUUUUAUCGUAAAACCAGCUAAUGGUGCAAUGGGUCAUGGGAUUUCUUUGAUAAGAAAUGGUGACAAACUUCCAUCUCAGGAUCAUUUGAUUGUUCAAGAAUACAUUGAAAAGCCUUUCCUAAUGGAAGGUUACAAGUUUGAUUUACGAAUUUAUAUUCUGGUAACAUCGUGUGAUCCACUAAAAAUAUUUCUCUACCAUGAUGGACUUGUGCGAAUGGGAACAGAGAAGUACAUUCCACCUAAUGAGACCAAUUUGACCCAGUUAUUCAUGCAUCUGACAAACUACUCUGUGAACAAGCACAAUGAACAUUUUGAAAGGGAUGAAACUGAAAACAAAGGCAGCAAACGUUCCAUCAAAUGGUUUACAGAAUUCCUACAAGCAAAUCAACAUGAUGUUGCUAAGUUUUGGAGUGAUAUUUCAGAAUUGGUGGUAAAGACUCUGAUUGUAGCAGAACCUCAUGUCCUGCAUGCAUAUCGAAUGUGCAGACCUGGUCAACCUCCAGGAAGUGAAAGUGUCUGCUUCGAAGUCCUGGGAUUUGAUAUUUUGUUGGAUAGAAAACUAAAGCCAUGGCUUCUGGAGAUCAAUCGAGCUCCAAGCUUUGGAACUGAUCAGAAAAUAGACUAUGAUGUAAAAAGGGGAGUGCUGCUAAAUGCACUGAAGCUACUAAAUAUCAGGACCAGUGAUAAAAGGAGAAACUUGGCUAAACAAAAAGCUGAGGCUCAAAGGAGGCUUUAUGGUCAAAAUUCAAUCAAAAGGCUUUUACCAGGUUCCUCAGACUCAGAACAGCAGAGACAUCAGUUGGAGAAGCGGAAAGAAGAGUUGAAGGAGAGACUCGCUCAGGUACGGAAGCAGAUCUCGAAAGAAGAACAUGAAAAUCGACACAUGGGGAAUUACAGGCGAAUUUAUCCUCCUGAAGAUAAAACACUACUUGAAAAGUAUGAAAAUUUGUUGGCUGUUGCCUUUCAGACCUUCCUUUCAGGAAGAGCAGCUUCAUUCCAGCGAGAGCUGAAUAAUCCUUUGAAAAGGAUGAAGGAGGAAGAUAUUUUGGAUCUUCUGGAACAAUGUGAAAUUGAUGACGAAAAGUUGAUGGGCAAAACUGCCAAGUCUCGAGGACCAAAGCUUCUGUCUUCCAUGCCUGAGAGUACCGAGAUCACAAAAAGACAGAAGUACUACAGCAGUGACAGCAGCUAUGGUAGUAGCAGCAGCUCAGAAUCAGAAGAAAAUGAAAAAGAAGAGUCCCAAAAUAAGAAAACAGAAAAUCAAGUUACAUAUAAUCUUAAACAGUCCAACCACUACAGAUUAAUCCAACCAUCCAGCUCCAUAAGGCGUUCAGUCAGUUGCCCUCGGUCCAUCUCUUCUCAAUCAUCAUCCAGUGCAGACAACCGCCCCUUUUCUGCUCAACAAGCGGUAUCAUCAUCCCGGUCAGCUUCAGGGUCUCGGUCACAUUCUUUAAACCGUGCUUCCUCCUACAUGAGGCAUCUGCCUCAAAGUAAUGAUGCCAGCUCUACUGACUCUCCGAUGAGUGAGUCUUUGCGGCAACUGAGACCAAAAGAACAAGAAGACGAUCUAACAAGUCAGACCUUAUUUGUUCUCAAGGACAUGAAGAUCCGGUUUCCAGGAAAAUCAGAUGCAGAAUCAUUACUUCUGAUAGAAGAUAUCAUUGAUAACUGGAAGUAUCAUAAAACAAAAGUGGCUUCAUAUUGGCUCAUAAAAUUGGACUCUGUAAAACAACGAAAAGUUUUGGACAUAGUAAAAACAAGUGUCCGUACAGUUCUUCCACGCAUCUGGAAGGUACCUGAUGUCGAGGAAGUAAAUUUAUAUCGGAUUUUCAACCGAGUUUUUAAUCGCUUACUCUGGAGUCAUGGCCAAGGACUGUGGAACUGUUUCUGUGAUUCAGGAUCCUCUUGGGAGAGUAUUUUCAGUAAAAGCCCGGAGGUGGUGACUCCUUUGCAGCUGCAAUGUUGCCAGCGCCUGGUCGAGCUUUGUAAACAGUGCCUGCUAGUGGUUUACAAAUAUGCAACUGACUCAAGAGGAUCACUCUCAGGCAUUGGUACCAAUUGGGGUAAUUCCAGAUAUUUACUACCAGGAAGUACACAAUUCUUCAUGAGAACACCAACCUACAACUUGAAAUACGGUUCACCUGGAAUGGCUCGCUCCAAUGUUUUGUUUACAUCCCGGUAUGGCCAUUUGUGAAACAGAGGGAAGAUCGCCAUGGGUUAUGCAUAAUAGCAAUUCAUAUUUUUCCCAACUUAACAUUGCAAAGACAGUGACCAUUAAGUGCUGUUUUAUGUAUAUAUGACAUAUGUGUGUGAAACUAUAUUCACACAUGCACUCAAAUAACAUAUAUUUAUUAUAAUAUAUGA